UUCUGUGGGUCACCAAUUCCCACUCUCUUCUUCGCGCUUCUCCAAACCAUCAUUCUCUUUCACUCAGAAGCGAAGCUCCCUCACCAUCGUCAACUCAGUGGCACUAUCCAAUGCGCAGAGCAAGGAGAGGCUGAAGCUGAAGGAACUCUUCAAUGAAGCCUAUGACAGGUGCCGCAAUGCUCCCAUGGAAGGCGUUUCCUUCACCCUCGAAGACUUCACCGCCGCUCUCGACAAGUAUGACUUCGAUGCCGAAGUUGGCACCAAAGUCAAAGGCACUGUGUUUGCCACAGAUGCUAAUGGAGCACUCGUUGAUAUCACAGCGAAAUCUUCUGCAUACUUGCCACUACAAGAGGCUUCCAUACACAAGAUCAAGAAUGUGGAAGAAGCAGGGAUUGUGGUUGGAUUGAGAGACGAGUUUUUGAUAAUUGGUGAGAAUGAAGCUGAUGAUAGUUUGAUCUUGAGCUUGAGGUCUAUGCAGCAUGAUCUUGCUUGGGAACGAUGCAGACAACUCCAAGCUGAAGAUGUUAUUGUCAAGGGUAAGAUUGUUGGUGCAAACAAAGGUGGAGUGGUGGCUGAGGUGGAAGGCCUUAGAGGCUUCGUUCCAUUCUCACAGAUAUCAACUAAAUCAAGUGGAGAGGAGCUUGUUGAUAAGGAUAUUCCUCUCAAGUUUGUGGAGGUGGAUGAGGAACAACAAAGACUUGUUCUGAGUAACCGAAAGGCCAUGGCGGAUACCCAAUCACAGCUUGGAAUUGGAUCUGUAGUGACAGGAUCUGUUCAAAGCCUAAAGCCAUACGGCGCCUUCGUCGACAUUGGUGGAAUCAAUGGCCUCCUUCAUGUGAGUCAGAUCAGCCAUGACAGAGUAGUUGAUAUCUCAACUGUUCUUCAACCUGGUGACACUCUCAAGGUGAUGAUCUUGAGUCAUGAUAGGGAGAGAGGAAGAGUAAGUCUUUCCACCAAGAAGCUGGAACCUACACCUGGUGAUAUGAUCCGUAAUCCAAAGCUUGUCUUUGAGAAGGCUGAGGAGAUGGCUCAGACAUUCAGACAGAGAAUAGCUCAAGCCGAAGCUAUGGCUCGUGCUGACAUGCUUAGGUUCCAGCCUGAGGGUGGAUUAACUCUUGGGAGUGAUGGGAUAUUGGGACCAAUUACUUCAGACUUGCCUGAGGAGGGACUGGAUUUGAGUGAGGUGCCUCUUGCUGAAGAAUCAUGAAUUCAUCAUUUUUAAUUGUCACCUAUUUUCUUCCCGUUUCUUUGCACACAUUGUUGUAUUAUUGUUUUCAUCCAUCAAAUAUAUUGUAAGUUAAGCAUGUCGUAGUACAACUAUCAAUGUGCUAUCAUCAACUAUAACUUUUUAGUUUUUAUAGCAAAAUUACUUCAGAUCCUUCUGUCAUUUGAAUACAAUAAACUAUUAAGCUUCACAAUAUAUAAAUUCUUUUGUGCC